UCUUGUAUAUAUAAAAGGGGACCUUCUCCCGCCAGCUUAGAUCCAAACCAGCUAGCUUCAGCAAACACACGCGCUCACACAGAGGGAGAAAGCAGCCCGGUUGCAGAGGGGAGAACAUGGCGGCACUAGUCUCUCCGGCGGCCCGGGUGUCCGAACUGAUGGCGCAGGGACGCAAGUCCGCCGCCGCCCUCGAGGCCCUCCUCCAGGUCCAGGACGACCACGCCGGGAUACGGGAGCUCGCCGCCGAGAUCCUUUGCUGCUGCGACCGCGCCCUCGCCGCCCUCCAGGGCAAACCAGGCCGGAAGAAGCGCAAGUUGGGGCUCCACGGCGCAGCCACUCAGACAACCAGGCCCAAACGAAGGACGCGUACGAGCAGCGGAGAGACGGCGGCGACGCCGACGAGGGUGGAGAGGAAGCAAAACUGGGACGACGGCUUCGUGUGGACCAAGUACGGGCAGAAGGGCAUCCGGGGCAGCGACCACCCCAGGCACUACUUCAGGUGCGCCUACACACUCGACGCCGGCGGCUGCCCGGCCAGGAGGCAGGUCCAGCGGUCGGAGGAGCACGACCCUCCCCUCUACGUCCUCACCUACUUCGCCGACCACACCUGCUGCCACCGUACCGAGGCGAUCUCCGCCUUGGACGACGUCAAGAUCCUCGACUUUGGGUCCGGGGGCAGCCGCUCGCCACGGCCUGACGACGGUGACGCUCGGAGUGGAAAAACCUCACGCUCGGAGGAGCUCCCAGUCGAGGUGGCCAAAGUUGAGUCAACGCCGUUGUCAGACUUGCGGCGGGUGGGGAAAGUGGCCGAGCUGAGCUCCUCCGCCGACAUCCAUGGUUCCUCCUCCUCGUCAUCGGCGGCAUGGGACCCUUCGGCCUCUGUCUCCUCUGACUGGGAUUUCUUCGGCGACUGCUCCUUUGAUUACGUUAGCGAGUUCUUCGAUGUCGACGACAUUACACUGUACCGAUAGCAUGUUGCACUUUUGCCAAUACUCUCUCCUUCCGUCGGUGAAA